AAGAGAGCACCCUGGGAUCGCGGCCUCGCAGGCAGCCCAGAGCGGGAAUCUGGGCGCCAGCAGUCGCAUAGGUGCAAGGCAUAGUGUGCCACACACGCUGCCCCGUCCUUUGCAUCGCUGCGCUUCAGGCUGCCCAGUAUGGCUACCUUUGACAAGCAGCAACUCCGGAGCCCCGCCACGCCGGCCAAGGAGAGGAUCCCGAUCUACAAGCAGCAACUCCGGAGCCCGGCGACGACGCCGGGCAAGGACAUGAUCCCUACCACGCCGACCAGGGAGAUCACGUGGCAAUCUCAAGCAAUGGCAGCAAUGGUCGCCCGCACACCAACGAACGCGACGCCGCCGCGGAGCCGCAGCGCGCGCCAACGCCACGAGGCGAAAAGCGAGGACGUGGUGGCGCGGACGACGCGGGAACUCGAGCACGCUUCCGGCGAGGUAGCUAGGGCGCUGCGCACGGAACGGGCCGCCGCCUAUGCUUCGACGGGCAAUUUUGAGGAGGCGCUGGCCGACCUCGCCGCGGCGCUCGCGCUCUCCAAGAAUGGCGUCCGGGCGUCUAUUCAUUUCCAGCGAGCUGAGGUCCUCGCAAAGCAAGAGCGUCCAGAGGAAGCGAUACAAGCCUACAGCGCGUGUCUGGCGGAGAAUCCGGCCCACGCGAGGGCGGCAUAUCGUAGGGCUGCCUGUCGGAACCCGCUCGACGCGAGGGCGGCCGAUGACUACGAGGCGGCGCUGGCUCUGGACGCGACUCCCGAUACUGGGGCGCCGUCACCCUCUCUCCAACGACGGCUGUCGUUGCGCUUGGGCGUCGACGCCUAUGCUGCGAAACUCGAAGAGAACGCUGCCAAGGGGCAAUUCCGCGCUCACUUUGACCGGGCAUAUGCGUACGAUGCUGCAAACGACUUGCCGAAUGCGAUCUCGGAAUAUACCGCGGCGAUUGACGUGUUGCCGAGGCAUGCGCUAGCCUGGUACAAUCGAGGUAUCUGCCGCCAGCGGCAAGGCGACGCCGCGGCGGCCCUCGACGACUUCACGCAUGCCAUACAGAGGGCCGAGGCGAGCAAGAACUACCCCAUCGCGGACUUCUACCACAAUAGGGCAUUUUGCAAGCGCAAGCUUGCUGAUUUCAGUGGUGCGAUCGACGACUACUCGUCGGCACUCACACGGGACCCGAGUCACUUCAAGGCUUUGUAUAAUCGGGCGUUCUGCCUGGACGCAUUGGGCCAACGUGAGGCUGCCCUUUGUGACUACGAAGCUGCCCUCGUCGUCGAGCCGGGACACGCGUCGGCGCUCCACAACAAAGGUGUUGUGUUGGAGAAAUUAGGGCGACUCGAGGACGCCGUCGAAGCGUUCGACGCGGCUGUCGACUGCGGUCUGGUGCCGGGCGCAGAUUAUCACCACGCGCGCGGCACGAACGCACGUCACCGCGGCGACCACGCGGCGGCGGUCGCGGCGUUUUCGGCGGCGCUCAAGCUGGACCCGCACCACCGGACCGCCCGAGCGAACCGCGCCUACGCCCGCCGCAAAAUCGGGGAUUUCGUGGGCGCGCGACGGGACUACGGAAAGGCUCUUGCCGACGCGCCGACGGCCAAGUUGUACAACGCCCGCGCCUACUGCUCCGCGAAGCUGGAGAAAUUCGACGCGGCGGUCGCGGAUUAUACGGAAGCGCUCCGGCUUGAUCCGGCGAACGCCCACGCGCUGCACAACCGCGGCAUCUCGUAUGAUCGCCUGGGCCGCGACGACGAGGCCGCGCGCGACUUCGAGCGGGCGCUCGAGAUCGAGGGUCAAUGAUGUUGCUUUGCUUAGAGCUAGGCCGCAGCUACCAAGCCGCCGGCCGCCUCCCAAGCUGGAUGUUAAGUUAAUCUGUUGGUUAGGACUAGUGCGCGGCUACGGACGCGGGUGGAUGGAGCGGCGGCGUUGUUC